AUGUUAACAUGGGGACAAAAAAAGAUUGCAAUGUCAUUUUUAUGUUUACUUAUUCGAAAAAAUAUAUCAAUAUUAUUAUCAACUAUUGAAAUAUCUGUUGAUUUUCUUAUUUAUGAUAAUGCAGAAUUACGACAAUAUUCAUUCAAAAUUAUUACAGCUUUAUGUCAUUUACAAAAACCAGAUCGAAUAUAUGUUGAAAAAUCAGUUAAUGAAAUAAUUGAUAAUAGAAAUGAAAAAUGUGAAGGAGGUGAACGUGAUGAUAAUUUAUGGAUAACAUUCAAUAACUAUCAACCAUCCAAAAGUCAAAAUGAAUAG